UAUAAAGGAUUGACACUAACCAACUCCAUAGCAAAGUUUAAUUCAAUUUGAAGUAAAGCCGUACUGAUUGAAAUAUAAAGUUGUGCAGAGCAAUCGAGAACAAUGGAAGAAACAGUUGGAGUAACAAAAUGUAGUAAAGAAGAAACAAAAGAUUACCAGAAUUUAACUGACAACAAAACCAGCAAGUUUCAAAACAGUGCCAUGGAAGGUACUAAUAAAAAGGCGGUUUUAGAUAAAGCUGAAGACAUCGAGUUUGAAAAUGAAAAUCGUCAUUGUAUUAAUGUAAGUAAAACGGAUGUUCAAAGAGCAAAGCUUUGUUUAACAGAAAACGAAACUGGUAGUAACAAUAUCAUAGUAAACAUAGAAACUCGUUACAUUUCUAAAGAAGGAUACUUUCAACAUACCGUUGUGUCUGAACACCAAAAGGAACGGAUGCUUUCUAUAUUCAGUGGUAGAUUAAAAUUUGGAAAUAAAAAUCAGCUUCUAACCCUCUUUGACGAGGAUGUCACAUUGAUGACUCAUGAAGACGUGUUAGCCCGUUUAAGGAACAAUAUGGAUGAAAAGAAUCAUUGCAAUACAGGAACAGUCAAGGAAGAAAUAUGUGAAACUGACGGUUAUACUCUAGGUUCAGCUAUUAGUGGAGAAGUUCAUUAUGAGACUUCAGGAUCAGCAAACAAAUGUGAAAGACAACGUAUGAUUACCCUGGAAGACAGACAAACAUCCAAGUUUAUGCAAAUACAAAACGGACAAAUUGCUUUUACAGAACUUAUUUCGUCACGAUUGUGUAUGAAAGUUGGAGAUUUCCACAAAAGCCAUUUUAAAGAAGAAAGUCACCUGAAUCAAGAUGGAACUUACUGGUUAAAGCGUUAUAUUGGUGAAGAACAUAAGCAAUAUCUUAACAUUACACAGGAUGGAUACAUUACAUUGCGAAAGGAUAGAGGUACUUUCUUUCAAAUAAAGAGUUCCAGUAAAGGAGCGUUUUUCAUAGUUGAGGAAAUGGCUGAAAAGAAAUUGCUUUGUUUCAAUGGGCAUAGCAUUCGAUUUGUAGAAUAUCCAAAUAGCCAAAAUAACAUGAAUUAUAUUGAUUAUAUUCCAGAGAAAUUUAGAUUCCAAGUGAAAAAAGUACUUUGUAAUAGAUAAUGAAAUAAUUAUUUGUCAAUGAAUCGCAACUACCUUUACUCUACUAUGAGCUGCUAACAGUGGCAAAACAAAGUAGUAUACUUGCAAUUCAGCAUUUUGAGAGAUUGUCAAUGCCUAUAAUUUGUGACAUUGUCAGUGUCUACAUGUGGAAUUAUACACACUUUACUGAUGUAAACUAAAGGACACCGAAUGUAUUACGAAUAAAGAAACAAAAACAUAAUAA